AUUUGAAGGCCAAGAGGGCACGACGAAAGAACAAAAAGCGGAACAAAUAAAACAACAGCGUGUAUGGUUGGAAAUUGCAAAUACGCGAAAAAAAUAA